AUGAUUGCGAUGUUGAAUUCAUCCGCGAACCUCUCCAUGGAUUCCGUUCUAAAAAAUAGAUUUCAGAUCCAGAUAUUUUUGUGUGCGAGCGUGUUGCUACAACGCAUGAGCAGCAAGCAAAAGUUACAGAAAAGCGAUUCUGUUAGAAAAAGUUUUCCCUUCGGCUUCCUUCCCAGUCCUUACAAACUAAUGACAAUUUCCACGAAACAUUCAACGAAAAAUGGAAUAAAGUAUCUAAAAGCUUUAAGUUUGCAAAUGUUUCCACAACCACAUAAGUAA